AAACAAGACAGGGAGCCAUUAAAUAUCAGAUGAGAGAGAGAGAGCGACCUGGCCUCAAAUAAAAAUCAAGCAUUUACACUUGUGCUAUAUAUAUAUGUAGAGAUCUCUGCAUGUUCCGUAUUCAAGGACACCAAGCAAACGAAACGCAACCCCUCUCUCUUUCUCUCUGACUUCACACACCGAUAACUCCCAAACCCUAAGGCGCCAACUCACUCUCUCUCUCUCUCUACAACUCUAGAUCUCUUCCCCGCACCUCAUUUUCUGGCAAUGUGAUCCUGACCCCAAACGCAGAACCACAUUGUCGUUUUGAUAACGCAGAUGGCCUCGGCGUGCGUUAACAACAUCGGCAUGUCGCCGGAGAAGUUUCCGCCGGCGACGUACCCGUCGUACGGAUGGCUGAGCCCUAGAAUCUCAUUUAGCCGCGAGUUUCCAGACGAAGACGCUUCGAAACUUGCCGGAUCAAAGUCGUCGUCUCCGGCGAAGAACCUGCCUGCCGGUCCAGAUCCGGAGACCUCCGCCGGCGAGUUUGAGUUCCGGCUCGAAGAUCCGGUGGCCAUGCUCCCCGCGGACGAGCUAUUCUCCGGCGGGAAGCUCAUGCCUCUCCAGUUCUCCUCGGUCAAAGCUACGGACCCGUCCUUGACGGAGAUCAGAAUGCCGGACACGGCCAUGUACCACCGGAGACCUGAAAUCUCCGGUGCCGACCCGUACCUGUUCUCUCCCAAGGCCCCCAGGUGUUCGAGUCGGUGGAGAGAGCUCUUGGGCCUAAAGAAGCUCUACCAGAACAGUAAUGCCAACAGUCACGCGAAGAGCGAGGCUCAGAAAACGACGUCGUCGUCCUCGAGCACAAACGGGCCUAAAUCUCUGAAGCAUUUCCUUCACAGAAGCUCAAGGUCCCUGUCCUCUUCCUCUUCUUGCUCAGACGCUUCGCUGAGCUUGCCCCUGCUAAAAGACUCGGAUUGCGAAUCGGUCUCGAUUUCGUCGCGCCUCUCUCUCUCGUCCUCCUCCUCGGGCCACGAGCACGAGGACUUGCCGCGACUCUCGCUGGAUUCGGACAAACCGAACCUGAACCCGAUCAUUUCCAUUCACCGAACCAACCCGAAACAGGCGCGGGUCCGGACGGUGAAGACUCGUGAAACGACGAAGCAGAGAUCGGCGGCAGAUCAGCCGAGGGUGGGCAGGAGCCCGAUGAGGCGGCCGGUGGGGGAAUCGGCUACAGUCGCGAGCAGGGGCGUAUCGGUGGACUCGCCGAGAAUGAACUCGUCUGGAAAAAUUGUGUUUCAGAGCUUGGAGCGGAGCUCCAGUAGCCCGAGUAGCUUCAACGGUGGGCCCAGGCUGAAACACAGAGGCAUGGAGCGGUCCUACUCGGCCAACGUCAGAGUGACGCCGGUUCUCAACGUUCCGGUCUGUUCGCUUCGCGGGUCGUCCAAGUCGGGGUCGGUUUUCGGGUUCGGGCAGCUGUUCUCCGCCCCGCAGAAGAAGGAAGGGAACAGCGCCGUUUCAGGCCACAACCGGAGCCAACACAGUCAUUAUAGUCACCAUAGUCAAAGUAAGAACCGGAGUGACCGGACCUGAAUCGGAAAUCGGGUACUGUUUUUGACGGCGUCGUUUCGUUCCUCUGUUUACCGUUGUGUAUGUAAAUAUGCGGCAGAUCCAGAUGUCUCUGUGGUUGUUGUCGUUUGUUAUUUGUUAGGCUAUGCGCUCUAAUGGUAGAGGCUGUAGAGCUAAAACGUAAUGUCGUUAGGUUUGUAGGACUUUGCUUCAUCUUCUUCUUCUUCUUCACAUCGAAUCUGUCUGUCUGUGACCAUCUCUGACUGUGACUGUGGGUGUUUGUUUAGCACGCGCUCCAGGAGCCCGUAGGACCUGCAAUUAGGCUGUGCAACUGCAACAAUCAACAUGUUGAGCUUAUCCAUGUAUUUUUUUUUUUAAAUCUAAUUUUUAUUAAAGUGGCAUUAUUUUUGUGACUGGGAAGUGCGGAGUUUGGGAAAUGAUGCCAA